AUGGGCAUCGGUGCAGCUGCCGAACCCUUGGUGGUCGUCACUCUUCUCUUUGGAGGAGCGUGGAUCAACCGUAGCAUUGGCCGCGACGACACAUACGAUAUCCAAGGGUGGACGGACGAGACAGUUGGACAGAGCGAGAUCAAAAAGUCGGACGACCAUGGCAGCCCCCGCCAAUCUGGUAGCAUGACACCAAAGUCCGAAGACUCGCUACUCUCCAGUUCCCCCACUCUGGGCCUGCCAGAAGAGCCCUUGCGCCGCGUCAGGAAGAUCAAGUUUCUGAAGUACGAGCGCCGCAUCACUACUCCUAACACCAGGAUACACAAGAAUCGCCUCCUCAGCCGGCUGCUACGAAAGUUUCCCUUCCUUGUGGAGGCCUGGUACUGGGCGCUCAUCUACUGGGUGUACCAAGUCGGCCGCGCCAUUACUGCGCUCACUCUUGUGGAAGGCACUGUUCACGUCGCCCGUAGACACGCCCUACAGGUUAUUCAUGUCGAGCAAAGCCUGCACAUCUUCAUCGAGAUUCCUAUCCAGCAGUUCUUCCUCCAGUACCCUACCCUGAUGCAUUGGAUCAACCGUAUAUACUCCUUUAUCCAUAUUCCGGGCACCAUCCUUUUCCUCGUUGUGCUGUUCUACCUCACCACCACUCGCCGUCGCCGCGCCAUCUCUUCCAAGAGAAACGGCAAUGACGCCCCCGUUUUGAGCUCCGCCGGCCCUGCUCUGUACGAGGCCCGCCGCCGCACCAUGGCUACCUGCAACCUGCUCGCCUUUGUCGUCUUUACCCUCUGGCCUUGCAUGCCGCCUCGUCUACUCAGCGACCCUGCGUACGAUGGUCCAGAUGCUGAGGAGUCCAAGAGCUUCGGUUUCGUCGACACAGUUCACAGCAGCACAGGCGAGAGCAGCGUCUGGACUACCAACAAAUUCUGUAAUCAAUAUGCCGCUAUGCCAUCCCUCCACUUUGGCUACUCACUCCUCAUCGGACUUACGAUUGCCACACUUCCAAUAGCCAACCUACGCACGCGCUCAUGGAAGCGUAUCGCCAUCAUGGCACUUGGCAUGUCGUACCCUGCGCUCAUCCUGACAGCGAUUGUCGCCACUGCAAAUCACUUCGUGCUCGAUGCUGUGGCCGGUGCGAUCGUCUGCGGCAUUGCAUGGCACGCGAACGGCAUCUUGUUGAAUCUUUUGCCGCUCGAAGACUACUUCCUCUCAGCGCUACGGAUGCACAAACCCAUCAACUGGACGGAUCCCGAAGUGUCAGUCAACGUCGGGGGUUGGAAACCUAGCUCUAUCAUUGAACAGGUGUAA